AAGCAUGUUCGUCAUAAACACGCCCACGCCGACAGUAUUUGAUUGGAGGACAGUCAUACGCAUCUUGUGACACGGAACUAAGUUUUGAGAUUUAAAGCAGGGCUUGGAUUUACUUUAACCAUGGAUUGCCGUGUGAUGUUCGUUGUUUUGCUCUCUUUCCUCGUAUGUGCUUACGCAGAGCAUGUGAAAUAUAUAGAUUGUGGCUCAAUAGAAGGUAAAAUUCUUGAUGUUGAUAUCGGUCCCUGCCCGCAACAGCCGUGCCAGCUUCACAAGGGACAGUCCUACACAGUUAAUGUAACCUUCAGCAGUGGUGUUAUGAGCCAAACCAGUAAAGCUGUGGUUCAUGGAGUCAUUGCUGGUGUCGCCGUUCCGUUCCCCAUUCCGAUUGAUGAUGGUUGCAAGUCUGGAAUCCAGUGCCCGAUUCAGGAGAUGAAAAUUUACAGCUACGUAGCCCAGUUGUCUGUCAAAAAUGAGUACCCAGCAAUCAAAUUGGUUGUGGAAUGGGAGUUAAAAGAUGAAGGCAGCAAGGAUCUGUUUUGCAUCAAGUUUCCUGUUCAGAUUGUGAACUGAAGGCCAACACUGAAUCCAAGCAUAGGACUCUCGAAAAGGGAUAUUAUCAAGAAAGAACCUCUGUAUGUGUGCCUAAAUAAUUCUCUACAGACAUUUAAGACGUUUUAUAGAUGCUAAUUUUAUGAUUCUUUUUCUAACUAUGACAAAUCUGUUAUUUUAAUUCUAUAUCUAUCAACAACGGCAGCAAAUAAUUGCAGUUCCAUUUUGUGUUGUGCUUAAAUGGUAUCAAUGAUUCUCUAUAAUGGGAUAUUGACAAAUUGCAGUUGCCUCAUGUGAGAUGAGAUCAGUGAUUCAAUCAUGAAAUUGUGCUCAAGUGAUUGUUUGCUAGCUGCCGUGUGGACAUACAAUACUGUUCUCGUAUCUUUUUCUCAACGUUUUAUCAGUCAUUGACUUUUACUCCUUUUAAAUCUGCAUAUUUAAUAAAGACUGCAUUUUUAAAUUGUCUUAAAGCAAAAUGUCUUUAGUAUCCAGAAAGGCCAUGCUUUUUUAACAAGCAAUAUAUGUAUAAGACCUGUCUGACUAAAACAAAUAAAUUUACUUUUUAUGUA